UCCACGCUCUAGACCCCAAUAGUUCGGCGCGGCCUACACGCGGCAAAAGCUCAGCAAGAUCGAUCGAAUCGACUUUUCGAGAGUGUGUGCGAGUGUUUUUUUGCGGCGGUGCACAGCUGUUGACUAAUUCUCCAUCGGCGCUUGGCCUCGAGUUGCAAAUCGAGUCACUUCAAAUCGCAGCGGGUUUCGAGUUUAAAUUACUCCCAAAAAGGCACAAUGACUGGAUCAGUCCACGAUCCGAAAUGGAGUCUGGAGCGCCGCGAAUCCUCUGGCCAUUUGGUGUGGCGCAAGGACUCGCCGGAAUCGAAAGUCCGGUUUCGUUUUGACGUCGAGGUCCUGGAGUUUGAGAAGCAUCCGCAUGAGGAGCUCGAGGACAGGGAGGACCACUUCUCGAUCACAAGCCUCUCGGCGACGGUGGCCAUGUGUGCCACCUGUGUGGCCGUGGUGGCCGCCUCCGUUUUCCUGCCCUGGUAUCUCAUGGAGAAGGUGGGAUCGCUCUGAGGCGAGAUCUUGUAUAUAGGCACAGCCUUGACGGUAUUAAGUAGACUCUUGUACAUAAACAAGCGUAGAUUUAACUAUUUGUAAAUAGUACGUACGUUGUAAAUAGACCCUAAACGCAGACUGUGUGGUUUUUGUAAAUAAAGAGUUUGAGAAACUCUCGGUGCAAUAAGAGUGCGACAGUGACUGCGAAUGCCAAACUAUGGAAUGUGGAUUGUAUUUUAGGAUGUGUAAAUUCUCAUAAGUGUAGUCCUAUGAAAGUUCACAAAGAUAGUUUAUGGAAUAAACGAAAUACUUGCCCUUUAAA